GGAAGAAGGCCUCUCGUCUGGUGGGUUCAGAUAGAUCAUGCUUCCAAGAGAAACAAGGAACCAGAAAAAUGAAAAUGGAGGCUUGGAAUUUGGCCGAGGCCAAGCUACCAGCAGAUCGGAGAAACCGGGAAGCUGGCAUGGAUCUUGAUGUACACAAUGCUGCAGAAGAGGGCAAUGUUGAUGCCCUUUGGCAGCACAGAGAGCACGUUGACCAAGUGUUAACCCCAACCAAGAACACAGUUCUUUCUCGCUGUCCUGGUUGCUGCUGUGAGCAGCUACUGGUUUAUAACAAGGAAAACUUGAACGCUUUACACAUUGUUAUAGCUGAUGAUGAUUCUCUGCUGCCGACACUGAAGGAGCGCUCAAGCGCAAAAGCCGAAAUGGAGGAGGUGGAGGAGAAGAAAGGUGGUAGUAGCUGCAGGGGAUUCAGUGUGUUCAAAUGUGGCAAAGACGCUGAUGUAAUAUUGAAGGAAGUGAAAGAAGCUCAUCUGGUAAUGGCUACAUUGAUAGCAACUGUGACUUUCGUAGCGGGUUUCGCCAUGGCUGAUUACGAAAGCGAAAAAGGAGGAGGCCAAGCAAGUCCAGCAAGAAAUGCAGCUUUGAUAGUUUUUGUUGUAACAGAUGCACUGGCCCUGUGUAUGUCGGCUUGUUCUGUCUUGAUGCACUUUUAUUUGCCAGGGCCGGAUGCCAUUGUUUUGUCCUUAUCUUCGACCAUGUCCGCCUUGAUUUUCAUGGCGAUUGCAUUCAUUUCUGGGGCAUAUGCAGCAUCAGGUCAUUCUCCGCGGCUUGCCGUGGCGGCUAGUGUGCUUGGCUGCUGGUACUUUUGGGCAGCUUUCUUCAUGCUUGGCCGUCCAUCUACCAGAGCUUUUCGGAGGCAUUUUAAUCAUGCUGCCACUGCAGCUUAGUUGAACCAAAGAUUCUCUUCUUGUCUUGUUUUUUACUUUGAUUUCUAAUCUAAUCUAAGCCUUUUGUCACAUGUCCAAAGUUAUCUGAUCUCUUUCUAACUUGAGGUAUCAAAUAAAUACUGAAGCAGGCCAAUGCAUGCCACAGAAGACAACGCGAUAUUUUACUGGAUUGUCCUCA